GCUCCCAGCGCGCUCCAGGCUGCAGCGCGCACUCUGCCUCGGUGGCGGUGGCGGGAGAAGCGCUUCCGGGGGUGACUGAGGCUGCGCCGAGCGGGUCCUCCAAGUGGUGCCGGCGGCCUGAGCGGAGCGGACCAUGUCAGGAGAACUGCCCCCGAACAUUAACAUCAAAGAGCCUCGAUGGGAUCAAAGCACUUUUGUGGGACGAGCCAGUCACUUCUUCACCGUAACGGAUCCCAGGAAUAUCCUGCUAACCAACGAACAACUAGAGAACGCCAGAAAAAUCGUGCACGACUACGGACAAGGAAUUAUUCCUCCAGGUCUUACAGAAAAUGAACUGUGGAGAGCCAAGUACAUCUAUGAUUCCGCUUUUCACCCCGACACUGGCGAAAAGAUGGUUUUGAUAGGACGAAUGUCAGCUCAGGUGCCCAUGAACAUGACCAUCACAGGCUGUAUGAUGACGUUUUAUAGGACCACACCGGCGGUGCUGUUCUGGCAGUGGGUCAACCAGUCCUUCAAUGCCGUGGUCAAUUACACCAACAGGAGUGGAGACGCGCCCCUCACUGUCAAUGAACUGGGGACGGCUUACGUGUCCGCAACAACUGGCGCUGUGGUGACGGCCCUAGGACUCAAUGCAUUGACCAAGCACGUGUCGCCGCUCAUAGGACGUUUCGUGCCCUUUGCCGCCGUAGCUGCUGCUAAUUGCAUCAAUAUCCCGCUCAUGAGGCAAAGGGAACUCAAGGUCGGCAUUCCCGUCACCGACGAACACGGGACCCGCCUGGGUGAGUCGGCACACGCGGCGAAACAAGCCAUCACGCAAGUGGUCGUCUCCAGGAUCCUGAUGGCAGCCCCGGGCAUGGCCAUCCCCCCGUUCAUCAUGAACACCUUGGAGAAGAGAGCCUUUCUAAAGAGGUUCCCAUGGAUGAGUGCACCCAUUCAAGUUGGAUUGGUUGGCUUCUGUUUGGUAUUUGCUACACCCCUGUGCUGUGCUCUCUUUCCUCAGAAAAGUUCCAUGUCUGUGACAAGCUUGGAGGCUGAGCUGCAAGCCAAGAUCCGAGAGACCCACCCUGAGUUACGACGCGUGUACUUCAACAAGGGACUGUGAACGGGGGAAAGGCACCUCUACCACAACCCCACCAACCUCAGACCUGGUGCAGCCUUAGUGAGGAAGUCUUGCUCCACCUCGGUUCUCCCAGCCACACAAACUUCUUGAAGACCCACAUUUAGCCUUUAGAGUCAGGCUGGUACAUACAGCAUAGCACCUGGGGUGGGCCAGGCACCCCAUACCUGUUGGCCCGCGGAAUCAUGGGAUAAUUGACAGAAAUGGCCUUCCUGUAGCUUUUGUGGUAAUUGUUUCCUCAAAGACAAUAUCCCAGCCCUCACCUAGAGUUUUAAAAAGUACUGCUAUGGAUAGAGUAGAUGUUCAGUAUAUGCUCAAGAAAUUGAUUGUUAGUCAGUGAAAAGGAAGUCCGGGUAACAGUGAAUUUUUACCGUACUUUUGUUUCAAAUCAAGGCCAUCUAGGUAGUGAUUUGGGACAAUACAAAAGCUCAGAUGCUAAACAAUAAAAAAAUGACUCGUAAAUAUUAAGGGCAAUUUUCCUCCAAUUUGGGCAGUGAGCAAGCCAAAGCAGAUGAUGAGUUUUGGGGAUUUGAAGGGUAAAAGCCCCUUCACACACCACCUGAAAGCCGUGGCAAGCUGCCCUGCUCUCGAGAAUUGUGUGCUGUUGCUGCUGGUGGGUUUCUCUGGUUGACUUUUAAAUGUAUUCUGUUUUACAUUCUUAGGAAAAUAUUAUACUUGUUGAACUUGAAAUCCAAUUAUUUACAACAAAUAGUCAAAAAACCGAAGUGUACAAAUGUCAAGUGUAGGAAGUAUAUCCAGUACCGGUGCUGUAUGACUGGGUCGAUUCUGGUUUGUCUGAUAGUUUUUAGAAGUGACAGCACAGUUCCAGCCCCCGCACGUCUUUGUUUGCCGUCCUUCUAGAUCUCUUUGGCUUUUGGAAAUAUAUGGAAGUAAUAUGUACGUAAAUCAGUGACUAAAUGAAUUUUACUUGAAGGUUGUGUAUUGCAUUCCACCCUAUUUGAAUAUAAGGAAUCCAUGAACCACUGUUUACAUCAUCUGUAGUUGCUUUAUAUUUUUCAUGUAUCACAGAUUAUGUUCCAAGUCUGUUGUUGUUCAGAGGCAUAGGCCAGGUGGGCCACUGCGUGUAGACUAUUCAAUUCCGUCAUAAUUCAGAGAUAUAUAAGUGAAAACAAAAGUGGAAACUAGUCUGGGCAGGCUUUUCCCCAACCAUGUGACCAGAGCGAAUUUCCCCAUAAAGAGCAAACGGCACCUUGUGUCUGUACCUCUUCUCUGAAAGGAUGGAUGGGUCUGAAGCCUCGGGCCACGCCCAGCCUUCCUUAUGCCACUGAAAUGCUCUCAUUUUGAAGCAGGAGUAGUUCCCAUGACACGCUCUGGCCUUGGAUGCUUCUCUUUAAAAAGGGGUAAAAGCCUGAGACUCCAGGCACAUCUCCAUGAGGUACUGGAAGGGCGCUUUUCCCCAGAAACCAGAGCACCGCAGGCCCGCCCCUCUCGGCCCAGGGCAUCGCAGAAUCCUCACCCCGGUUCAUCGGGAGCUCCAUUCCAGGGCCCUCGCCUCGGCUGAAAAACGGAUGGCUGGACAGAGGGCGCUGAACUAAAAUUUGUAUACACUGGGCAAGGUGUGGCCAAAGCGUUGUUAUCAAAGGGAUAACACACAUGGAGCUGUGUGUUUUUAAACAUGACUUACGGAAGUUUCUGGCUCUUGAUGCUUUUACAUGGAGAUGUUUACUGUCUAGUUUAAUCAUGGUUUAUAAAAAGGAACAAAUGGACCGGGACUGGCAGUCUUUGCUGAUCUCUCAGAAAUACCCUUUCUGGAGAAAAGUUCACAUGAAGUGCAAUGAGCUCGUAAAGGUGCAGUCACUCGCAGCUCUGUUGACAGGAGGCAGAGGAGCGUGACUGUCCGUGCCCAUGGGCCGGCAGUUUUCGCUUCAGUGUCGGCGCAGUGUCUUGCCAGUGUGGGAAUCAAUGCAUUGUUUCAGUUCACCUGGAUGAAGUGCUAAAUAAACUCAGAGUGAAAAUAAA